AUGCCAGAAGCCGACUCCAAUGCUCGGCGAGAGCGACCAUGGCUCAUUCCCAGUGUAUGCCCAAGUCCCCCGCACCUUGGUCCAACACGCUCCUUCGCAGCUUCUAACUCAAGUAAACACAGANACAGGAAACUUCGCCAUUUGCAGGCCAUAACUCUUCGCAAUCUCGCUUUAUCUCAUGAAGCUACUCGUCCUCGCCGAGGCACGAUUGACGACGAUGGCCUUCCAGCCACUAAGAAGUCCCCGGCCAAGAUGCUUGCCCUGCGCGAUGCUCAUUCCAUGAACCACUCCAAAUCCUCCGAUGACCUCCGUCCCAUCCACGAAUCUGUCUCGCCGCUGUCUUCUAGCCCCACCAAGCAGCGUACUCCACCUCGUCCCUCGUUUGCCAAAUUGCGCAGAAGAAGUACUCUAGAAUGGGCUGCUUCGACCUCGCAACAGCGUCAGAGACGUCUCCACGAUGUCUCUGCCCAAAGAAUGGCCGACUUGUUCUACUCUAUACAUAUCCCCAAUCAACAAGAUCCCAUCUAUGUCAGCGAGGUGGCUGAAAAGGCCAUGAACCCCAACUUCAGGAACAUCCAUCUUGACUCGACUCAUCCUCAACUCUUGAGACUGGACGAGCUGACUCUCAAAUUCUGGGCUAAGAGCGAGGCCAUGUCACAAUACUGCUUGUUGAUAGACAUGACGUUGAGCAUGCGCUCCCUACAAUUCAUCGGCAAAACUGAUGGUCCCGCGAAGAUCAACAACUCUCGCACGUUGCCUACUUCAUCUUUCGAUGCUCUUUUGCGCCUCUCCAAGCUCGACGAUAGCGUUCAAGAUGCUUUGGCUCUUCGAAGACAGCUUGCUUCCGAACUAGAGCAGACAUUGCAGGACAACAGGACCUCACUAGACGACAAGACGCAGCUCGCCGAGACGACUGACNUUUCUCAAAACCAUCGAGUUCGCCACUGCAACUGUCAAAAGCAGCUGAAAGCACUCGAGCAGAAACGUGACCAGAAGCGCAAAGCUCUUCAGAACCGCAGGGAUCUGCUUGCGCGCGACUCUGCCUUGCGGAAGGAGAUAUUGUCGCAAGUUGAAGCUGGCAAAGACACUCUCUCAGAACUGACCGCCCGACACACCGGAGUGAAGACAUCCAUCACUCAACAACGCCGCCGCAUAGCUCACGAUCUAUCAAAGAUCUACCCGAUAGCACCUGUGCCGAACCAGAGUCUAGCUUUCACCAUCCGUGGCAUGCACCUGCCUAAUUCUGGAGCAUUGGACAUAGCAAGUCCCGAAUCUCUAGCCGCGGCUUUAGGCCAUGUCAGCCAUGUCAUCCAGCUUCUCUCACUCUACCUAGGGGCCAUCCUCCCAUACCCUUGCCGACCGCGUAGCAGCACAUCCACAAUUCUGGAUCCUAUCUCCAUCUUGAAUACCACCAGCGCAACCUCCAAAGCUGUUUCUGACGAAAUCGCUGCGCGAACAUUUCCGCUGUUUGCGAAAGGUGCUGUACGCUUUCGCUUCGAGUACGGCGUUUUCUUGCUGAACAAGGACAUCGAAAUAUUGUUGUCGACGCAUCUUGGGGUCAGAGUGCUGGAUAUUCGACAGACGUUACCGAAUCUGCUGUAUGUGUUUUACUGUGCCACAGCGGGUGAUGAGGAACUGCCUGCCAGGAAGGCUGGUGGU